UCCAGUGUGGAGGCAGCAGAGCUCUCUUGCUAACUGUCAAGCAGAGCAAUUAGUCUUGUAAUUGUUGUCUAUGAAGAAUGGCUUCCUCUUCCCCGGACCCCGCCUUUCCCUUACUGCGCAGGCGCAGUAGUCCCUUGCCUGCCUCCAAAGCGUGGUCCCCAAGAUGGCGGCGCCCAGGGAAGCAUCUUCAGAUGAGGAAGAAGUUGAACAUGAACCUAGACUUCGAAACACCCCUGAAGAUAUUUCCCUUGAAGCUGCUGCUAAUACCAUUGCCUUUCACCCCUGUCAAGAUAUAAUAGCUGCUGGAGAUGUGGACGGUGAUGUAUAUGUGUAUUCAUACUCGUGUGUGGAAGGUGGGAACAAGGAACUUUGGUCUUCAGGACAUCACUUGAAAUCCUGCCGGGAAGUGUCCUUUUCCCAUGAUGGCCACAAGCUCUACACGGUCUCCAAGGAUAAAUCUAUUCAUAUCCUGAAUGUUGAAGAGGGUCGUCUUGUGACACGUUUCUCCAAAGCACAUAGCUCUGCUUUGAACAGUCUGCUGGUGAUAGAUGAGCACUUGUUUGCUACAGGAGAUGACAGUGGAGAACUGAAAGUGUGGGACCUACGCAAAGGGACCUCCAUCAUGGAAGCAAAACAACACGAGGAGUACAUCAGUGAUAUAGCUGUGGAUGGAAACAAGAAACUGCUGCUCACCACCAGUGGAGAUGGAACAAUGGGAGUCUUCAACAUCAAGAGGAGGCGUUUUGAGCUACUGUCUGAACCUCAGAAUGGAGAGCUGACAGCUGUCUCUCUUAUGAAGAGAGGGAAGAAAGUGGCUUGUGGCUCCAGUGAAGGGACUAUUUACCUUUUCAACUGGGAUGGCUUUGGUGCUACCAGUGACCGUUUUGCACUGAAGGCAGAAUCCAUUGACUGCAUGGUUCCCAUAACAGAAAAUAUUGUGUGCACAGGCUCAACAGAUGGAGUCAUCAGGGCAGUAUACAUCUUGCCCAACCGGGUUAUAGGCAGCAUUGGGCAGCAUGUAGGGGAACCUAUUGAGCAGCUGGCUCAGUGUCAUAACGGCCUAUUCCUUGGUAGCUGUGGCCAUGACCAGAAGGUGAAGUUCUGGAACAUCUCUUCUCUUCGUUCAGUGAUUGUGGAUGACUACAGAAAGAAGAAGAAGAAAAGUGGCCAGCUAAAAGCACUGAGUAGCAAAGCAUUUGGUAGUGGGGAUGACUUCUUUGCAGAUUUGAGAGAGGAACCUGCUGGCCUAAAAGAAGAGGACAGUGUGGCCACUGAGAGUGACAGUGACUGAGAGUUACACUGAUCAUGUGUGAUGGGGCUUAUUCCUCUCAAGGGGUCUGACCAGAAAUUGCCAUGGUUUGGCAGAAAUUCAAGUAUGCAUCUUUGCACUGUGAGACAAACAACAGAACAUUUCAACCUUUCUUGCUUGGCCUAAUGAAAUCUAUUACAUUGUCAAGCCAAGUCUUGAUGUUUGGCAGUUCUGUGAAAGCAAGAUUGUCUUUCUGAAAUACCUUCAUGAGAACAGUAGUUUGACUACUAUAAAUUGGGGAGAUGCAGGUAACAGCUGAUGCAUUUGGAAAUAUUUAUUUUCUGUUAGUUUCUUAGAAUUAUGGUUACUAAAAUUAUUUUUGAUGGAAAUCUUUUGCCUCCUAAAAUAUGCAAAACUCAUGGUUGGACUGAGUAUAUGCUUUUCUGCUGCAACAGUGAAGGUUUUUUUUUUUUCAAAGGUGGGAAGGCUAGAAUUUAGAUGGUGAAAAUGCUAGCAACUCCUUGAGGAAAGUAACACAGGCACUUGCCACAGACUGUUUACACCUAGCAGGGGACUUUUUAGUCCUGUAGAAAUUUUGCUUCUAGCUAGCAGAAUUAAAACCGUGGUUCAACCAUUUUUAUUAAUAAUUUAUUAUAUCAUUAUCCAUUGAGUAUGUCUAUCUCAAAGUAAGGAUUACCCCAGACCUUUGAGAAACAGUAACAUCUUGUGUACUUCUGGUAAAGAUUUUCUGCGAUCUCACGAGGUCUAGGCUUACUGGCAAUUGUAAGAUCUCCCAAGGUCAGGCCAAAGAAAAGCCAUGAAGCUGGCAACCUGCACUCUUAUAUCCAGAUACAAGGUCAAAAAGACCCUUUUCACUCAUUUCCUGCAAAGAAAGGGAGGGGGAAGAUUAAGGGCAAAACUGAAAUGGAGUGCACACCAUCACUUGUGUUUUCCAAAGCAUGAACAGAAUUGGUUGUCCCAUUUUGUUAUUAAAAGAUCACAUUCAGGCAUUAUUAUAUUCCAUAUCCUCUGAAGCCAGUUCUGGAGUGAGAGAAAUGAUAGCAUCUUGUGUUUUGAUAUUAAAACCAGCUUCAUAUUGUCUGUCACCUAAUAAAAAUUACUUCACUUAGAUAGCUGCCCCUACACUGACCUUAUUAAAAGUGUAAUUCCACUACUGUUCACCUAGCUGUUGAUCUGGUUCCUUUUCAACUACAUUCCCAACAAGAAAUGGUUCUCAUACCAUAUUUUUUAAAUUGAAAGAGAUACACAUAAUUGUUGGUAAAUAACAAUUUGCACAAAAACCUACCAGUAUUUCAUAGAACCACUCAGGACUCCAGAGUAAAACUAUUUUUAGUACUGUAUGUCUCCAUAAAUGCCUCAGGUUCUUUCCAUAAGUAACAUGGAUUCAUGAUGUUCUAUUUCUCUUGAAUUUAUUCUGUACCGACAUGAUCCUCAUUUAGAUACCAAAAAUAUGAAGAGAUUGUCAGAACAAGAAGUGUGUAACACAUUAGAAACUAGCAAGUUGUAUUUGGCAUGAACUCUUGUAUACUUCUGGCAAAGUCAAACUUCCUGGUUUUGUUUAGGUGCCACAAAACUGUUCCCCCCCCCCCCUGUAGCACAUUAAUAGGGCUAAACCCUGGGAAGGGGAUCAUUCCAGUCUAACCUUUUUUUAUACAGUAAUUCUGAUUAUGAUACAAUGUUGAAAAAACUGUCCUAACUAAAAAAAUUCCUUUUCUUGCUACCAUGAAAUGUGUAGCAUAGAAUAUUGCUAUUGGACCUUGGGGCUACUCACUUUUUCAUAUUGUUCUCUUUAUAAGCAGCUAAUACUUGAAGAAUGCUGGUAACACAUGAGCAUCUUCUCCACCCAACAUAAUCGAAAUCAGUACGUAAUUAAAUCUUUCUCUAACUGACAGCAGUUGAACUGGCCUCCCUUCAACAAACAAAGGGCAAGUUACCUGCUCAUUUUACUAUGCUAUUGAUUAUAAUGGGAAUCAAACCCCAGCAGAUACUUAGGGCCCACUGUAUUUUAUCCAUUCUAAUUGUCUAAUUUAAUGCUACUACUUCUCAUACAUUUUGGAUUGUACCUUCUGUGAGCCUUAGCUAUGCUGGGAGCUGUAGUCUCACUUGGAGGCCACAAACUUGUCUGUCCAAGUGUAACAGGUUUGUGACAAAAUAGUUGAAAAGAGACAAACUGUAGGCUUUUAUAAUUAAGAUGAAAGAUGUUGUACUUGUAUGUAACGAUGCUACAUUCCCAUUCCCUGAGAAGACUGUUUUGUUCAUCAAGCAGGCACAAGAGUCCGUAUUACUUGUAGUGAAUUUCAGGAGUGAAUAAAAUAUUAACAUUUCUCUUUU